CACCACUUCCACAACAACAAGAAGCUGAAAAACAAGGAAGUGGAUGAUCGUGAAGCAGCCGUAACCUGUUAUAAGGCCGUGACUACAUACGCAGAGUCUCCCUUUUAAUCUGAUAUUCCUCAGCCUCCGGAACAGUCCACAACAAUGAACAACAAAGGUUCAUAUCCACAGCAGGCUGUGUACCCUCAGCAGAGCACUGCACCUGUAUACCCUCCUGCUAUGCAAAUGUCUCCUCAGGCACCUCCUUACACAGACACACCACCUGCAUAUUCUGAGAUAUACCAGCCCAGAUAUGUGCUUCCACCUCAGGUGCCUGGUCAGAUGCCUCAGAUGUCCUCUCCCUACCCUGGUGCUCAGGUGUUUAUGCCCAUGCAGCCACACAUGGCUGUUGGGCCAGUGGGUCAGAAUGUCCCCAUGGCUUACUAUCCCAUGGGAGCCGUGUACCCGCCUGGAUCAACAGUGAUGGUGGAUAGUGGCUUUGAUGCUGGUGCUCGCUUCACAGCAGGCAGCAGCGUUUCCAUCCCACCCCCACCUCCUGGACAUCCCCCCAAUGCAGCUCAGCUGGCUGCCAUGCAGGGUGCCAAUGUUGUAAUGUCACAGCGCAAGAGCAACUUCUUCCUGGGUGGAUCCAGUGGAGGUUAUACCAUCUGGUAACAGCAACUUCUCAACUCCUCCAUCAUGCCUAAACCGUGUCCCCGUCCCAAAUGAUGCCCCAGUUCUACCCCCAUCCCAUAUGCCACCCUCUUCAGGCUGCUUGGCCAUGCCACAAUACUGAUAUCACCUAACGGAAUGUAAUAUUUUAGAGCCCUUGUGAAAGGUACAGUACUCCACUUGUGACCUAGAGAUCAAAUGAUAAAUGCCACUGCCUGGAGAGGACAAAUGCAAAAUUUUUAAUGUUGUAGAAUUCAUGCCAUAAUUCUUCAUUGGGUCUAACCUCUUUGGUCAUCCCAGAUUGGACCUCUUUCAGGCAUUUGUUGAAGAGACCUGGUCUCCUUUGAUCAAAUGGAUCACAAAUUACAUUGAGAUGUUCUUGUAUACCUGUAAAGCUACGUAAAUGAAAUGUUGAAAUAUCAGACCCGCAUUAUUUAGUUUAGCUGCUUUAUGGUGAAAGUGAAACGCAGUUACAAAGUUGCAGUUAACCGCAAAAAAAAAAGAAGAAAUCUCCACUUGUCUUUUUUGAAAACUUUUAGUGUAGUAAAAUUAAUAGAUGUGUAAUAGUUCCAUGUAAAUACCAGUAUGAUGAUGAUGAUCAAGAGAAAUAACAUCUCAGCUAUACAAAAAAAAAAAAACCUGCAUCUUGGAUGCUUUUAGUUAGAAUUGUCUUGUCUUUUGCACAGUAUCCAAAAUACCAUGGCAUAUCUGUUGCACAGUAAACUUCCUAUCUGACAGAUUGUUACAUUGAAAUCACUUGUAAAUUAAAAAAAAUUUGAAUUAAAGCAAAUAAUUGAAGAAAAGAUUCCAUGCAAUAUCCAAAGUGAAUUACUGUACCUUGUUGGGCAACUUGUAGAUGAACAUAGUCAAGUGCCAAAGAGCACUGGGGAUAGCCCUAAUUUAAAGAAAAUUAACUUCAGUAAACUUAAAGGAAAGAAAUUUAAAGUAAAUCCAAAUAGUAAGUUGAAUGGGAAGGGGUGGUUGGUGUAACAUUUUAGCUUUUUUUUGUCUCCUGUUUCUAUUUCACAGUCGGAUACCCAGAGUUUAUACACUAAAUGUUUAUUGUACAGGUUUCAAGAAUUACCCUCCAUUUGUUUGUCUUUCACAAAGUAUAAUUUGGUAUCAUCAAAUAAAAAUUUUUCACCAUAGAGGAAUGUCACCUUUGUGAUAGCAUCAGUCAACAUUUUCUAAGGUUGAGGAGACUUAAAUAUUUCAGUGUUUCGUUUCUUCCUUCACUACUUUUCCACAUUCAAGUGAUUUACAUGAGUAGUUAGGCUAAUAAAUUUGUUAGUAUAACCAAUGAGCUGGUUGUACCAAAGAUUUGGUCUACAAUGCACUUAUGUUUGGUUGUGACUGUAAAUUUUUAAGGUCACAAUUUAAAAGCAAACAUAUCAUCGAAUUAGCAGUUAUGAGAUUGUCGGUACUAAGAGCCGUCAGUCUGACACGACUGCAAUUGUUGUGUUAACGUCACUUUAUGUGGGUCACUUGCAUCCUUUAAGUUGUUGCAUACUUUUGCACCUUUUUGCUAUGUACAAAUUUGAUUAAAUACUUUUUAUCUGAGAUGCACUGCUUAGCAAAUCUGAGAAGUUGCAGACAAGGGGCUACUCUCUUUUUUUAAAAUUCUGGUUUCAUGUCUUUUUAAAAGGAAAGCUGUGAGAUUUUUGAACAUUUAUAGAUUUAAAAAAAAAAAAAAAGCUUCUUUUUCAUCAAGUCUAUUCCAUUUUAAAGUAAUGUCAAAAUGUGUCGUGUUGUUCAGUAGAUUGAAAGUGUAUGCAAACUUUUAUGCAGUGAGGCUAUUAUCUCUGUCAGCAUAAUUGUUAAUUUCCGAGACAUUUUUGUGCUGCUAAUUAAACCUCUUUAGAAUAUUUACAUCAUACAUUAUCAUGCAAACUUAAAUAAAGUAUCUGAAACUAGGUAAGUCUGUGUGGAUACCAUCGACUGAUAUUUGUAGAUAUUCUUCAUUUUGGUGUCUGGUAGCGUCAAUGUGUCACUGGGUAUCCGACAUACCGUAUCAAGUUUUAACAGCUGUGGCCUCCAGGAAACAAAUGCUGUUGCCGUCAACCACCAUUCAGUGAUUUCUCAGUGUUAUUUCAGUCAGAAAGACCAGCUGUCUGAAAGCCAACUUCUUUCAUCUGAUGACCCUCAUCUGAUGAACGUCCUCUGUGCAGCUCACACACAGAGCUGCUUUAGCAUACGUGACUGACGUGUCGCUCAAGUGUUUUUUAAAAUGGCUCAGUGUGCAUUUUGCUGGGUAAGAGGCCACAGCUAUCAAAACUUCAAACAAAAAAAAUAUGAUUCCAACAAAUGUUUCCUCUUUUUUUUUUUUUUUCCAUCUCUGCUCUGAUUGUUUGUUAAGCAGCAUAAUGGUGGCUUUGUCCCAGCAAUAUGAAGUACUGUAAACUACAGCUGACCAGUAGAUGCUAUGCCAACCACAGCCAGCAAAUGGAUCACUCUUUGGUGAAGGAUUAUGGACAUUUAUAGUUCAGGGAUUCUCUUGACAAUAUUUUGUAAAAUAGAUGUAUGUACUAAAGUGAUGUGACGGACUUUGGUACACAUUCUAUCUUUUAAGAUUACUAAAGGAGAUGAGUGUCACUACAGUUUGCUGAGACAUGUCAAAGAUGGAAUACUUUGAAAAAAAGAACUUAGGUGCACUUAACUUUUUUAUACUAAACUUAAAAUUUAAAAUGUAAGUUUAGAAUAAAGGUUAUUUUGGAAAUUUGAAACGUUGCAUGUUUUGUCAUUUAAUUUUAUUCGCAUGAACAAUGUAUUAGAGCGGGGCAGGUAUUGAUUUUAAGAUUGUGAUACGAGACUAGAUAACAUGGGGUUUAGGUCAUUGUAUUGUUGUGGCCAGACUGCAUCACAGGUAAUUUAUAGUUUUUCAACUUAUUUGAUUGAGCAGGUCCUUCUGUUUGCUGGCCUUCAUUACAACAAAUCCUCAUCAGCCACUUAAGUUUGGUGUACUUACAGUACGGGACAACAAAGUCAUUUUGACAUAAAAAAAAAGGUACCGCGUGAAAAAUAUGAUUCUGUAUUUUUGGUAAAAUCACCUCCUUUACACUAAGUUGCCAGUUUAUUGCCUCCAUUUAGCCAUAUCUGUUGCUGUUCACUCCAGCCCACAGUAAAAUCACAUCUCCCUGAAGUUUAUCAUAUUCAGUUGUUGUUGACGCCGAUAUAAAGGUUUUGAUUCA